GUCGGCCGCAGAAUUUCUCACGGCUGGAAGGAAGCCAAUGAACCAGUCACCCAGUGGAAAGCCAUCAUUCUAGAUCAACUGCCAACAAAUUCCUCUCUCUAUUUGUUGAAGUAUGAUGGGAUAGAUUGUGUCUAUGGAUUGGAGCUUCACAGUGAUGAAAGGAUUUUAAACCUUAAGUUUCUGCCUAACAACGUACCAUUUCCUCAGGAGACAGACACUCAUCUCUCAAACACCAUAGUUGGCAGAGCAGUGAAACAUACAUUUGAGGGCACAAAUGGCUCUAAGAAUGACUGGAAGGGGAUGGUCCUAGAGGAGGUGCCAUUCAUGAAGACCUGGUUCUAUAUUACCUACAAGAAAGAUCCGGUCUUGUACAUUUACCACCUCCUGGUUGACUACCUUGAAGGCAACGUCCACAUCAUGAGAGGCUCUAUGGAGGAGUGGACUGGGGUGGUCCCAGAUGAGAAAGAUCCAGUUGUGGAUUCCUUGGCAGGCAAAAGCGUGCAGCACAACGAAAAAGAUGGAACCCAAAAGAUAGGUAAAAUUAUUUACCAAGUUCCCACCAAACCUUCCGUGCAUUUCAUCAAGUUUGAUAAUGACUUCCAUAUCUAUGUCUAUGAUUCGCAAAAACUGAGUAGGCCUUUUGAGGCCCUGAAGAAUAUUGUCAGCCGCAGAAUUUCUCACGGCUGGAAGGAAGCCAAUGAACCAGUCACCCAGUGGAAAGCCAUCAUUCUAGAUCAACUGCCAACAAAUCUCUCUCUUUAUUUGUUGAAGUAUGAUGGGAUAGAUUGUGUCUAUGGAUUGGAGCUUCAAAUUGAUUUAAGGAUUUUAAUGCUUAAGUUCCUGCCUAACAAUGUACCAUUUCCUCAGGAGACAGACACUCAUCUCUCAAACACCAUAGUUGGCAGAGCAGUGAAACAUACAUUUGAGGGCACAAAUGGCUCUAAGGAUGACUGGAAGGGGAUGGUCCUAGAGGAGGUGCCAAUCAUGAAGACCUGGUUCUAUAUUACCUACAAGAAAGAUCCGGUCUUGUACGUUUACCACCUCCUGGUUGACUACCUUGAAGGCAACCUCCACAUCAUGCCAGCUCUAUGGAAGAGAUGUCCUCCAAUAGGGGUGAAUUUGGAAUUAGGCAGGGAUUCCUUGGCAGGCAAAAGCGUGCAGCACAACGAAAAAGAUGGAACCCAAAAGAUAGGUAAAAUUAUUUACCAAGUUCCCACCAAACCUUCCGUGCAUUUCAUCAAUUUUGAUAAUGACUUACAUAUCUAUGUCUAUGAUUUU